AUGGCUAAUAAUUCACCCCUUCAAGUGACUACCAUCGAUCUAUCGAGGUAUGGGACAUCAGAAGGCAAUGCUGAACUAUCUGAGACCCUGAUUCAAGCAAUCAAGACCAAGGGGUUCUUCUAUGUCACCAACUUUGGAAUCUCCCAGGACGCUGUAGAUCAGCAAUUUGCCCUCGGCCAGGCAUUUUACAAUCUACCUCUUGAAGAGAGAUUACAGUAUACCGCCGAUCUGGACGCAGGAAAUUAUACCGGUUAUCGACCUGCAGGAAGGCGGCGAUUGAAUGGGGGCAUUCCGGAAAAGACAGAAAUGUGGAAUAUGUCUAGUAGGUUGCCUUGGACCUUUUCCCCUUGCCGCUCGUACCAAGGUAGCAAGAUUCGGACAUUGUGAUCUGUUAACAGAAUAUAUAGCCGAAGAUGGUCAGGUUAGGCAGCCUCUUCCAUAUCCCCUUAAUGGCUACAGAGACGAGAUUGAACAAUUUUCAAAGGUUAGAUGCACACAAAUUCAGGUCGAAUGUUCAAGAUCCUAAUAUCCUUUAUGCAGAAUUUACACGACAAGAUCCUGGACCCUUUGAACCACUUGAUUGCUCUAGCCUUGGGAGUGCCUGAAGACACUUUUCAGAACUUCCACAAAUGGAACUUGAAUGAUGAAUCGCAUUUGAGAUACAUGAGAUACUCUAAGUUUACGCCCGAAGAGGUUGAUUCUCUGAAGGACAACCUUUGGAUUCACGGACAUACUGACUUAGGAUCUUGGACGUUGCUAUUCCGCCAGCCUGUUGCAGGUCUUCAAAUCCGUGACCCAGAGUCAAAUGAUUGGAAGUGGGCAAAGCCACUUAAUGCGAGCUUGACGGUCAAUACUGGCGAUGCCCUCAGUUAUUUGACUGGUGGUUACAUCAAGUCUACCGUCCACAGAGUAAGUUGUAUUUCUCCAACGGAUGAUGAGAAAAAGAAAUUCUAAAUCUUCAUUGACAGGUCAAAGUGCCGCCAAAGGAUCAGCGGGACGUUGAUCGUUUAGGCCUAAUGUACUUCAGCCGGCCCCAGAACGAUCUGCCACUCAAGACAAUUGAUUCCCCCGUUCUACAAGAAGCAGGGGCGAGGAAUGAUUUUGAGUUGGGGGGGCAUAAAAUACCAACAAUGGAGGAAUUCACCAAGUUGAAGCAAAAAUGGAAUCAACGUCCUGGAUUCAGUGAGGAUCAAGUUGAGGGCAAAGAAAUUCUCCCUGGUGUCAUUCAAAAACGUCUGGUUUAG